UAAGUUAAACAAUAUACACGCCAAAAAAGAGAAAAAAAAGUCAAACAAUGGAAAGAUUAUAUAUAUUAUUGUAUUAUCUAUUAAUGGAAAUGUAAUCGACCAAAGAUGAAAGAAUAUACAUAACCGUUAAACACUUGUAUUUGACCAUGCUAUUUAAAUAUUUACUCGAAAUUUGUCUAUUCUAAACAGUUCGCAAAGGCACCGCGUGGUAAAAACUAUAAAGAUUAAGUGAAAAAAUAUCCAACCAAAGAACAAAAACAUGGACCUACCGGAGAAGGUCGAAAACCUAUCAUUUAAUAGCGAAAACAUUCAAAAAAAACGUGAGGAUUACAUUGACUGGAGGGAAUAUUUUAUGGCAAUAGCAUUCUUGGCUGCCAAGCGAAGCAAAGAUCCAAGUUACCAAGUGGGAGCCUGUGUGGUUAACAAAGAUAACAAAAUUGUUGGGAUUGGAUAUAAUGGUCUGCCAAUUGGGUGUAGUGAUGAUGAUUUUCCAUGGGGUAAAAAUACACCAUCACCUUUGGAUAGUAAAUUCCUUUAUGUAUGUCAUGCAGAAAUGAAUGCAAUAUUAAAUAAAAAUUCAGCUGAUUUAAAGAACUGCACAAUAUAUGUGGGCCUCUUCCCAUGCAAUGAAUGUGCAAAAAUUAUUAUACAAUCUGGCAUCACUGAAGUAAUAUAUUUAUCAGAUGAAAAAGCACACAAGCCGAUGUAUAUUGCGUCAAAGAAAAUGUUUGAUGCAGCAGGUGUAACUUACUGGCAAUUUAUACCGAAGCAUGACACAAUCGAAAUAAAAUUUACAGGAAUUGACUGGAACAAAAUGACUCCAUCGAAAUGAUGUACAAAUACAAAUUACAUUAAAUAUAAUAAAUAUACUUUAGUAUAACUUUUUAAAAGAAAUUGUGAUGUUUGUUGGACAUAUUUUUAUACAGAUUAAAAAUUGUGACUACAUAUAGCAUUGUAAGGAAAUGAAAUAAAUAAAAGAGACGUGUAAAUAAAUUUGUAAAAUAAAAUUUUAUUAUUUUAUUUACAAGAUG